AAGCAGCACAACAUCAAGAUGGGCGAAGAGGCAGCGAAAGCUUUGGUUCCCGAAUCGGUGCUGAAGAAGCAAAAGAGGAAUGAGGAGUGGGCUUUGGCCAAAAUACAGGAACUUGAUGCCGCCCAAAAGAAGAGGUUUGAAACGCGCAAACUCAUUUUUAGCAGAGCCAAACAGUACGCCAAGGAAUACGACGAGCAGCAAAAGGAACUCAUUAGGUUGAAGCGUGAAGCCAAGCUUAAGGGAGGGUUCUAUGUGGAUCCCGAAGCCAAGCUCUUGUUCAUUAUCAGGAUCCGCGGUAUCAAUGCGAUGCACCCGAAAACAAGGAAGAUUUUGCAGCUUCUGCGUUUGAGACAGGGUUGAGCCAUAUGUUACCUAUGGGUACCCUAAUUUGAAGAGUGUAAGGGAAUUGAUCUACAAGAGGGGCUUCGGAAAAGUUAACAAGCAGAGAAUUGCUCUGACAGACAACUCUAUUAUUGAGGAGACUCUGGGGAAGAAUGGGAUCAUUUGCAUCGAAGAUCUGAUCCAUGAGAUAAUGACUGUUGGACCUCACUUCAGGGAGGCAAACAAUUUUCUAUGGCCUUUCAAGCUCAAAGCUCCCCUAGGUGGUCUGAAGAAGAAAAGAAAUCAUUAUGUUGAAGGUGGUGACGCUGGCAACAGGGAAGAUUACAUAAAUGAGCUUAUUAGAAGGAUGAAUUAGUUUUUUUGUCAUAUCAUCGUUAGUAUAAAUUUUGAAUUUUGAGGUCGAGACCCAAGACAUUACUUUUGUUGAUGCAUUUAUUAUUUUGAAUGAUGUUUGAGCUUAUUGAGAUAUUAAUUCAUUGCUUGCAAUGCAAUGAAAGGAUCCUUAGUUUUUCGAGAGUUGAUAGAUUUUAAUUUUGAUGCUUAUGAGUGCAAA